AUGUGUUUUGGUCCUUGGUAUGACCAUGUCAGUGGAUGGUGGGAGAAAAAACAGACAUAUUCUAACCUACUGUACUUGUUCUAUGAGGAUUUGGUCGAAGACACUGGACGUGAGGUGGAACGUUUGUGCUCAUUCUUGGGUUUGUCCAUUUCAAUUGAAGAGAGGGAAAAAAUAACAAAAGGGGUUCAGUUUGACACCAUGAAACAGAACAAGAUGAUCAACCAUGUCACAAUCCCUUUCAUGGACUUCAAGAUCUCUCCCUUCAUGCGAAAAGGUAAAGUUGGAGACUGGAAAGGUCACUUCACUGUGGCACAAAAUGAACAGUUUGAUGAGGUCUACAAACAGAAGAUGAAGAAUACCACACUCAAGUUUCGCACUGAGAUUUAAUAUUUGAGUUCUAGAUCUCUUUGAUUGUUAGUGAUAUUGAUUAUUAGAAACUUAUUGUUAGUGAUAAUGUGUAUAACUUUCAGGACAGAAAUACAAUGACCUCAGAAGUUUUUUUUUUUUUUUCUUACUCUGCCUCAGUUUUAACCAGUGGCAGACUAAGGGCCAGAUUUACUAACAGCUUGCACCAGUGCAAACCGACUUUUGGCAUUAAAAAAGAUGUGCAGUGAAGAAUUAGUGCUGAAAAGACAUGGACAUGCCUGACCUUAUUAAAUAUGCAUUUGUUGGAGUUUCCCUUUCAGGCGCAAAAUUUAUGGGAGGAGAGUAUUAAAAUGAAUCACGCAACACGAUUUACUAAUGUUUGCCCUCAUCAAAUUAUUAUUUAAA